UACCAAAAUAUACAUCAACAAUUUUAUAUAUAGGUUUCCAUAAGCUUUAAUUAAGUACUAGUAGCCACCUUCUAAAUGUUGUGAAAGAGGAUGCAACACUGAAGUACUUGUUAACAUAGGAGACCAAAUAAUUCUUCAGCAGUCAAAAGAAGAGGACCUAGGAAUUUGCUGUGUAUGUGAACCAUAUCUGCAUCACCAAAAUAAAAGCACUUCAGUAAUCUGUUUGACGAAUAUGACAUCACCUAAUCUGACACUAGUUGUUAGAAGAUGUGUUUAGGACUGCUAAUGUGAAUUCAUUGAAUGUUUCAUGUUGUUCCUGUUUUUCUGGUGUUGGUUAUUUUUUUGUUAUUCAUGCUGGUGGUCAUGGCUUAAUCUUAGGAUUAUGAUUUUAGUGGGUAGUUAUUAAUUAGACUUUAAAUUGUAAUGUUUCUGAUGUUAAGAAAAGUAACAGUGAGUAAAGUUUUCUUUGCUUCAAAAUAACAACAUUUGGUAUCAGAGCCUUCUUCUUAAGGGAUCUGUGUGUGAAAUUCACGUGUCAUGGAAGCUGAAGCCAGUUUCUCCGCAAUUGCUCCGGCGAUGUUCGACGGAGAUAACUACCAGAUUUGGGCAGUACGUAUGGAGACAUACUUGAAAGCUUUAGAUCUUUGGGAAGCAGUGGAAGAAGACUAUGAAAUUCCUGCACUUCCAAACAAUCCCACCAUGGCACAGAUUAAAGCACAGAAAGAAAAGAAGACAAAGAAAUCAAAGGCAAAAGCCUGCUUGUUUGCUGCAGUCUCAUCCAUCAUCUUCACUCGUAUCAUGUCUCUGAAGUCAGCAAAAGAGAUAUGGGAUUAUCUCAAGAAUGAAUAUGAAGGAGAUGAAAGAAUUAAAGGGAUGCAAGUCCUUAACUUGAUUAGGAAAUUUGAACUUCAAAGAAUGAAGGACUCCGAGAUGAUCAAAGAUUACUCCGAUAAGCUUUUAAGUAUCGCAAACAAUGUAAGGCUUCUUGGAUCUGAAUUUACUGACUCAAGAAUUGUAGAAAAAAUUCUUGUUACAGUUCCUGAAAGAUAUGAAGCAACCAUCACUGCCUUGGAGAAUACAAAGGAUCUGUCAAAAAUUUCCUUAACAGAAUUGCUUAAUGCUUUGCAAGCACAAGAACAAAGAAGACUGAUGAGGGAAGAUACAACAAUUGAAGGAGCUUUGGCAGUCAAGCAUCAAAAUGUGGCCAAAAGCAAAAGAAAGAAGAAAAAGGAUUUUGAAGAAAAUGGGGCAAGUACUGCAUCAGCCAAUGCAAAAGAAAAGAAUGAAAAUCAGAAGAAAUCCUAUUCACCUUGCCAACAUUGUGGAAAGAAGGGUCAUCCUCCAUUUAGAUACUGGAGAAGACCUGAUGCUAAAUACACUAAAUGUAAUCAGAUGGGGCAUGAAGCUGUUAUCUGCAAAAACAAAAUUCUACAACAUGGUGAAGAUGCAAAGAUUACUGAUCAAGAGGAGAAAGAUCACCUGUUCGUAGCUACAUGUUUCUCCAGCAUCGAAUCAAGUGAGAGUUGACUUAUAGAUAGUGGUUGUACUAACCACAUGA